AUGAAGUUCACCAACAUUGCCCUCACUGCCGCUGCCCUGGGUGCUGCCAAUGCAGGCCCAGUCUCCAAGCGUGCCAUCAGCGAUGCUGACAUCCUCAACUAUGCUUUGACUCUGGAGCACCUCGAGGCCGCCUUCUACGAGCAGGGCCUGAAGAACUACACCCAGGCCGACUUCGUCAAGGCCGGCAUGAAGGACCCCUUCUAUGCCAACCUGAAGGAAGUCGCGUCCGAUGAGAUCGAGCACGAGACUUUCCUGACCUCCGCUCUGAAGGCGGCCGGUGCUUCCCCGGUUGCCCGUUGCACCUACAACUUCCCAUCCACCGAUGUGAACAGCUUCCUGGCUCUCGCCAGCGUCCUUGAAGGUGUUGGAGUCAGUGCCUACCUCGGUGCCGCCGCCCAUAUCAUGAACGACACCUACCUCACUGCAGCAGGCAGCAUCCUCACCACCGAAGCCCGCCACAGCGCCUACCUCCGCGCUGCCCUUGGCGAGGUGCCUUUCGCCCAGGCUUUCGAUAACCCCCUCGACUUCAACGAGGUCUACACCGUUGCCUCCCCCUUCAUCGCCUCCUGCCCCUCCAGCAACGGCAUGCUCCCCGUCAAGGCAUUCCCCUCGCUCACCAUGGAGUCCAUGGCCGCCGUCAUGACCGGUGCCAAGGUUCCCGUCACCGCGGGCAAGGGCUUCGACACCAAGGCCACUGAUAUCCACGCCGCCUUCAUCACCGUCACCGGACCCGUCUGGGCCCCGAUCGAAUCCAUGGGCGAUGGCAAGUUCACCGUCACCGUUCCCAAGGGUGUCGCGGGACAGAGCUACUUCGUCCUGACCAAGGGCAACACCCAGGCGACUGAUGACAACAUUGUCGCUGGUCCAGCUAUCGUCGAGGUUGGCAAGAAGGGCGCUAUGGGUACCCCCAGCGGUAUGGCUGCGAUGGGUAUGGGCAAGCACAGUAGCAUGGCUAUGCCGACUCCUUCUCAGUCUGCCUGGAGCCGCGCUUCUGCCACUUCUUCCCCUUCUGCUUCUCCCGUGUACACUGGCGCUGGUCAGAAGAUGUCUGUUAGCAUUGCUGGUGUUGUUGCGGGACUGGCGGCUGCUUUGAUUUAA